UCUUUGGGUCGGAAGUGACUUUCUCCGAUUUGCUUUGGUAUCGUUAGAAGCUUUUACCGUUUCAUCCUAUACCUCACGUUGGGUUUAACAUGGUGUCGUGGGAUGCAGCUCCUCUGCCGGAAAAGAUAAGCUGUCACUCUGUUGGAGUGUGGCGAAAAUGGUAACAGCUUCAGUAGAAUUGACUCGGGGUUUAAGCUUAUAAGAAUCUAUACUGUAAGCUCGGUUUCGAUGGCAUUAGGGUCUGGAACGGCUCGUUCUGUGAGUUUCUGUUCACUCCCUCCCAUUGGGAGCAUAAUUCUACCUCCACUUCAGAAGGUGACAUUCAAUAUUUCCCAGGGCUCGUUUCAGAAACCAGUGGGUAUCGUCUUUGAUCUUGGCUGGAGAUUUUAUGCUAAAAGGAGGAAGAAAUACUUGGUGGUGGUUUCAAGGGUUUCUCAGAGAGAAGUUGUCAAUGUUCAAGAAGAAGAUUUAAAGCGUUUAUGCAGACAAGGAAAUGUGGAAGCAGCUCUUCAUGUCAUUGAUGAAAUGGAGAGGAAUGGGGUUACUGUGUCCUCGCUUGGUCUUGCUGAAUUGUUGCAAGUCUGUAUAGAUUUGAAGUUGUUGGAAGUUGGGAAAAGGGUUCAUGAGUUAGUAAUGAGGCUUUCAUCAAAUCCCAGUGUUAUUGUCUUCAACAAGUUGUUGGAGAUGUACUUUGAAUUAGGUGAUACCCGAAGUGCUUGCCGAGUAUUUGAAGAAAUGCGGGGCAGAACCUUGGACUCUUGGAAUAGGAUGAUCCUGGGUUUGGUGAAAAAUGGGGAGGGAGAAGAAGCGCUUGCAAUAUUUUCCAAGUUAAAAAAAGAUGGAAUAGAGCCAGAUGGAUCAACUUUUAUUGGUGUUCUAUCUGCCUGUGAAUGUUUAGGGGCAGUGGAGGAAGGACUAGCACAUUUUAACUCUAUGAGUGCUGAUUAUGGGAUCACUCCCUCCAUGGAGCAUUUUGCGAUCAUUGUUGAUCUUUUUGGAAGGUUACAGAAGAUAGCAGAGGCAAAGGAGUUUAUUGCAAGUAUGCCACUUGAACCAAGCUCCAUGAUUUGGCAGACACUGCAAAAAUACUUAAAGACUGAGCGGGUUGAUGAACCGGCUCCUCUCACAACAGGUUCUGGUUUGAAACUCAGUCAUAAAAAAAGGGUGAAGAGCAAUUUUGUUUCAAAGCAAAAAAAUGCGAGUCCUGAGAAGAGCAAGGCUUAUGAAAAGCUAAGGUCUUUACAUGAAGGGGUGAAGGAAGCUGGUUAUGUGUCGGAUACAAGGUAUGUACUCCAUGAUCUUGACCAAGAAGCAAAAGAGAAAUCCUUACUCUAUCACAGUGAAAGAUUAGCCAUUGCUUAUGGUCUCAUGAGUACUCCUCCAGGAACCACCCUGAGGAUAAUCAAGAACCUAAGGAUUUGUGGAGAUUGUCACAAUUUCAUCAAAAUCCUGUCAAACAUUGAAAAGCGAGAGAUUAUUGUGAGGGAUAAUAAAAGGUUUCACCACUUCAGGGAUGGCAAGUGCUCAUGUGGAGAUUAUUGGUGAGAGUUAUGAUAAAAUUAGCAUGACUUCAUAUAUUUUGAGUUCAAUCCUAAUGUGUUACAAGUUAGUGCCAGUUGUCAUAUGAUAAUAAAAUAUCUUUUUUGGUCUUUUGGAGUCUAAAAGAUGGAUUUGUAUCCUGAGAUAGCACCAUGUUACUCAAGGGCUUCUUCCAUGACUACAAUCGUUAUUGGAAACUAGUGUGGAAAUUCACCUAUAGGGCUCUCUUGAGCUUUUGAACCAA